AUCCCGUCUCUUUUCACCCGCCCACCAGUUGGUUCCUGCUCGGUGUUAUGUGGUGAUAAGAGCAGAGAAGAAACUAAAGGAAGAAGGCAUAAACAGUCCUUUUCUCUCAAGAUUCUCCUCUUCCAGUCCUGCACUUUUACUCUCUUACAACUACCAUGCUCCACCUGACAUCAGGGCGCCUGGGCAGCUUCAUGGCCAGGCGUGCGACGGUGGCCUUGACAACCAGCAGCGCGAGGAUGGCGAGCCACGGUCAUGGUACCAUGACACCAGUGACUCUUCCUGUUUCUGUCCAUCCAGAGGUGUCAGACACAGUGGACAUGUCUCAGCCAAUGUACUGGGAUCGUAGGGACAUCCCCCUGCCUGACAGAGCCUACAAAGUCGACCUAUCUGCUGCUGACAAGAGCCUGAAACAGAAGGAGAAAGGAUCCUGGACCCAGCUGACCAAAGAGGAGAAGAUUGCCUUGUACCGCCUGAUGUUCUGUAAGACCUUCCCAGAGAUGAACAAGCCUUCAGCAGAGUGGAAGACUGUCCUGGGGGGUAUCUUCUUCUUUCUGGGCUUCACUGGCCUGGUGGUCUGGUGGCAAAAAGCCUACGUCUGCCCUGAGCGCCCCAGGACCUUUGACGACGAUUGGCAGGCCAAACAGCUGCAGAGGAUGUUGGAUAUGAGGAUCAACCCCAUUCAGGGUCUCUCAUCCAAGUGGGACUAUGAGAAGGGCCAGUGGAAGUAAAGAACCUGUGGCUGAGGUGGCGCAGAGUUUGGACCGGUCACCUCAGAGACACCUCUGUGAAGCUGCUGAUGAAGUUGGUCUCUUUUUGAAUGUCACAUUGCAACCGUCCACACCACUAGAACGAUGGAGCUUAUCCGUCGUCAUCAUCUCUGGGGUCAUUUUACUCUGUGCCACCUGUGUCAGCAGCCUCUUGUCCAAAUACUGCAGCUUUCUGUCAUGGUCCUCUUCUAACCAUAUAAUAAUAAAGUUUGCUUAUGUCUCUGUCCAGCA